UUUGCCGCCAAACGUUCGUCUCUGUCGCAAAUUGCUGCGAAAGUGUUCUCGGGUGUGAAAAACACCAGCAUCAGCUGAUCGCAUUCAGCAUCAAAGUUAGAAGUAUUUUACGCGCAUUGGCGGUAAUGGCGGCGUCUUCUUCGUCGUCUUCUGCUGGAGGCGUCAGUGGCAGCUCGGUGACGGGUUCGGGCUUCAGCGCCUCUGAGCUCAUACCCCCCAGGAAGGUCCUGUACACUUAUCCCAAGGGAGCCGGUGAAAUGAUGGAAGACGGCUCAGACAGAUUUCUAUGCGAGUCUGUAUUCAGCUACCAAGUGGCAUCAGCUCUCAAGCAGGUUAAACACGAUCAACAAGUUUCACGCAUGGAGAAGUUGGCGAGCCUAGUGGAGGAGCUGGAAGCAGACGAGUGGCGGUACAAGCCCAUCGAAAAACUCCUAGGAUUCACGCCAUCAUAAUCAACAGCAUAUACUGAAAUGCCUUUUUUGAGCGGAAAAUAGGGAUUUUAAAAAAAAUGUAUAUAUAUUUCUGCUUAUAAACAGAGGUGCCAAACUACUUCUGGAAUAUUAUGUUAGUCAAAGAAGUACUGAUUCAACUGCUAAAUAAGUAAAAGUACAGAAAAAAAGUUUUCUUUUUAAAUGUCAGUUUUGUUAAAUAAGCAAAAACAUGCACCCCAUUUUUUAACCACCACAACUUCAAUAAUGUUCUUACUAAAAAGAUGUAAUAAGCCUAUUUAACAACUUAAAAAUGCAGAUAAUACAAGUAAAAGUUUUUUACAUGGAAAAAAUUUACAGUUGUGGCUCGACUUACGAGUUUUUAAGAUGAAAUUAUUUUUACAUGUUCAGCCUUUGCGUGUGAAAAAAAAUCAAAAUAUAAGGGUCAUUUAGUUGUGAAACUCUUCUUCAUUUUUGUCUGCAAGACUCUUUUGCUGCGCCCCUAGUGGCCAAUUUGUACACACCUAAGCCAUAAUUCAUUUAUCAUGAUGCACAAACUGAUGCUGUACAUUCAAUUCAUUUUUUUGCUAAUAUAUGGCAUAAUAGAUUACAAUGUUGCCUAUCAAAAUACAUGUUACAUUUUCUUUUAAUAAGUUGAGUGAGGCUGCUAUUUAUUGAUGUGAUGUUGUACAUGCAUUUUAAUGGAUAAUAAUAAUUUGAGCUCGUGUUACAAGCAAUGUGAGAAACAAAAUCUCUAAGCAUCACUCUUUGUACUUUGUUAUGUUCCACCAUAAAAUAUGUAAGGGGGUGACAUAGAAGCAGUCACAAACAAUCCAUUCAUGCGUGUAAAUAAAAAGUCGUACAUUC